AACUACUUACCUUUCAUUCGUCAAUUCAAAUAAGGAAGAAGUCAAAGUCGCUCAACAAAGCGUCUUCAUCUUCUUUUAUUCAACGAUGAAAACCUCGAUGUAUCGGAGACUUUGAUUCCGAUCCUCCAUUAUUUCUUCACUUUCUUCCACACUGUAUACAGGUGUAAGAUUUAGCCAGAAUUGAUUUACUCGGUGAACAAAGGAAGUUUGAAUUCGAAUUUGUGUGGAAAGAAUGGGGAAGAAGCGUGUAAUGUUGCCGGCCAACAGCAUUGACUUGUCCGCCGUCAAAUACGAGCCUGAAGUGAUUCAAGCUCCUCAUUUGACAGGAUUUCUGUUCAAGUUAUUCAUUAAGAUAAUCGAAGCGCCUUUCAUUGGUUCUUUGAUCAUAUCUCAUUUGAAGAAGCAGAAUAAGAUGGUUGAGACCUUGCAGUAUACCGAGAUACCAGAGGGACCUAUGUUUAAACCUGAAUUCCCUCCUCAAGAGCCAGAACAUGGUGUUAUUGCUGUUGACGAAGAUGGGAAACCUGAAGACAGAGUCGAGUCAGCCUUGAAGUGCCUACCUCAUUAUGAUCCUGCCAGCUGUUUGGAGGGGGAUUUGGCUUCAACAUUCAAGUACUGGAAGAUUCGUGAUUAUGCAUAUGCUUAUCGUUCUAGGAUUGUAACACCAUCUGCGGUUGUUGAGCGCAUCAUCUCAGUGGUCGAGGAGUAUAACAAUAAAAGUCCCCCUUGUCCGUUAUUGAUUUCCUUCAAUGCUGAGGAAGUAAGGAAGCAAGCUGCAGCUUCUACACGGAGGUUUGAGGAAGGAAAUCCAAUUUCCAUCUUGGAUGGAAUCUUUAUGGCAAUCAAAGAUGAUAUAGAUUGCUAUCCUCAUCCAUCAAAGGGUGCAACAAUAUGGAUGCAUGAGGUUCGCUCUGUGAAAAAAGAUGCAGUCUGUGUUUCUAGAUUGCGCAGCUGUGGUGUGAUUCUCAUAGGGAAGGCAAAUAUGCAUGAAUUGGGCAUGGGUACCACUGGAAACAAUUCAAAUUACGGAACAACAAGAAACCCGCAUGCACACGAAAGGUAUACAGGGGGUUCUUCUUCUGGCCCUGCGGCAAUUGUAGCUUCUGGAUUAUGCUCUGCUGCCUUGGGAACAGAUGGAGGAGGUUCUGUUCGUAUCCCUUCUUCUCUUUGUGGUGUUGUGGGCCUGAAAACAACACAUGGACGGACGAGUAUGGAAGGGUCCUUGUGUGGUUCUGGUACUGUAGAAAUUAUUGGGCCAAUUGCAUCAUCAGUGGAGGAUGCCAUGCUUGUGUAUGCUGCAAUACUGGGUUCAUCUCCUGCUGAUAGAAUUGCUUUGAGACCUUCUCCCCCGUGUUUGCCAAUUUUGCCAUCACCUGACACUGCAGAUGGUUUGGGAUCACUGCGGCUCGGAAAAUAUACAGCGUGGUUUAAUGAUGUUCACUCACCUGAAAUCUCUGAUAAGUGUGAGGAUGCCCUUAACCUUUUGUCAAAAACCCAUGGGUGUGAGGUGGUAGAAAUUGUUAUACCCGAGCUGCAUGAGAUGCGCACUGCUCAUCUUGUAUCGAUUGGAUCUGAAACACAAUGUUCAUUAAACCCUGACUGCGAGGAUGGAAAAAGAGUGAGAUUAACUCAUGAUACACGUACAAGUCUUGCCCUCUUUCAAUCCUUCACUGGAUCGGACUAUGUUGCUGCCCAGCGUCUUAGGCGAAGAAUAAUGUACCAUCACAUGGAGAUUUUCAAGAAGGUUGACAUCAUAGUGACCCCGACUACUGGCAUGACGGCACCUGUUAUACCUCCCAGUGCUCUUAAAUUUGGGGAGACAGACAUGAAAGUUACAGGUUAUCUGAUGCGAUUUAUCAUUGCAGCAAAUCUUCUUGGUCUCCCUGCCAUUUCUGUUCCUAUUGGAUAUGAUAAACAAGGGCUACCAAUAGGACUGCAAUUACUUGGUCGUCCAUGGGCUGAAGCUACCAUUUUGCGUUUGGCUUCUGCAGUAGAGGAUCUCUGUGGAAAGCCUAAGAAGAAGCCUGCAUCAUUUUAUGAUGUUUUGAAGAUGAACUGAAAAUGCUGCUUCUGCCCUCAGGCCUCAGGCCACUCUGCAUGGUUGGGCAUUAUAGCCAUUUCACCUAAAUUUGUCGCCAAAUCAAUGUUUUUAUUUGAAACUCAAAGUUCAGGAAGGCAACCAAUUCUGAAAGAUUCUCCAUUUGUCAUAAUAAGAAGAACAAAUCUCUCUGAUC